AGCUCCCCGUGCGCCCCGCGCCGCCGCCGCCGCCCCGAGCCGGCCGCGCCGCCUCUCCCCUCCGGCAUGCUUUAAGCCCGGCCCUGCCCGCUCUCCUUUGGGUUUUCCUUCCUGCCGCCCCGCCGCCGUCGGGUCCCGUUCCCCCCCCACCCCCUCGGGCCUCACGCUUCCCCCUCGAAGGGCCGGCGGCUGGGGGGGGGAGCGGGGGGCGGUGGGCGCCGGGGGGGGGGGGCGAGGGCAGAAAAGCCCCGCUCGGCACCAUGGCGUCCAGCUAUGCCCACGCCAUGGAGAGGCAGGCCCUGCUGCCCGCCCGCCUCGACGGCCCCGCCGGCCUGGACAAUUUACAAGCCAAGAAGAACUUCUCCGUGAGUCACCUGCUGGACCUGGAGGAGGCGGGCGACAUGGUGGCCGCGCAGGCGGACGAGGGCGGCGGCGAGCCCGGCCGGAGCUUGUUGGAGUCCCCCGGGCUGACCAGCGGCAGCGACACCCCGCAGCAAGACAAUGAUCAGCUGAACUCAGAAGAGAAGAAGAAAAGAAAGCAGAGAAGGAACAGGACUACCUUCAACAGCAGCCAGCUCCAAGCGUUAGAGAGGGUUUUUGAGAGGACACAUUACCCCGAUGCCUUUGUACGAGAAGACCUUGCACGCAGAGUCAACCUCACUGAAGCAAGGGUUCAGGUGUGGUUCCAGAACCGGAGAGCAAAGUUUCGCCGGAACGAGAGGGCCAUGCUGGCCAGCAAGAAUGCCUCUCUGCUCAAAUCCUACUCAGGGGAUGUGACCGCUGUGGAGCAGCCCAUAGUACCUCGCCCAGCUCCGAGACCCACCGACUAUCUCUCCUGGGGUACUGCCUCGCCUUACAGCGCCAUGGCCACCUACUCCGCCACGUGUACCAACGCCAGCCCUGCGCAGGGUAUGAACAUGGCCAACAGUAUUGCCAACCUGAGACUGAAGGCAAAGGAAUAUAGUUUACAGAGGAAUCAAGUGCCCACAGUCAAUUAAUGACUGGAGGCAGCUGCCUUGCAGAAGGAGAAAAUACAACGGCGCCCGUCCUGCUUUGCAACUUGUUUGUGCUGAAAGAGAGGAAAAAAAAAAAAAAAAAAAAAAAAGAAGAAGAAAAAAGCCAACCCCCAACCCAGAACUGAACAUUGGGACCAAAGUGGGAGCAGACUGAACCGCUCAUGAGUGACAAGGUUCCUCCUUCCUUUUGGGAUAAUGCCACCAUUUUUUUUUCUUGUUAUUGUCAGGUUUAUUGCUUCUGCUCAAUAUACUACGAGCUUCUCCAGUUAAGGACAGUCUCACCCUUGUUGUUUUCUGGUUUUGUAUGGGACUGCAAAUAGAAAAUGCUGCCAAUUUCAGCCUGCGGUCACCUCCCACUGUACAUCGUGCUGAGAAGCAAAGCUUCUCCUCCCCUUUCCCCAGCUCACCCGUGAAGAAGAAACUCUUCCAUCACUACUUUCUGAUGUAUCUACAUGACCCAUCAUCCCCCGAGUCCCUUGUGCCACAGAGGCAGAGUUGUUAUUGUCAGACUCUGAUUAAGCCCAUCAGGGCAACGUGAAGGGAUUGUCCUUCCCAGGUUGCCUGGAGCAGUCUGAUAUGUGAGGAACACCUCCAUGGGCUUCACAGUGCUUCAUUGCUUUCUUGAGUAUUCCUGGCCUUGCCACCUUGAAAAGCCAAAGAGGAGAGAAAAGCUAACGUGCGUGUGUGAGUGUGUGUGGGGGGGAUGUAGUGGGGAGGUUGCUCUGUAGUGCCAAGAAUAGGACUGUUAGGACACUCCUUUCUAUGCCUUACAGUUUGUGUCACAGGGAAAGGCGUUGUCCAGAUGCAUUUGUUUUAUAUAUACUGUAUAUAUUUAUAUAUAUAAGAUAUACAUGCAAGCUUGGUUGGUGUUUUUUAUUAAACAAAAUAAAAUCCAUUGAAAAUGCUUGGGAUGUUUGUGCUGCAUCCAGAUUUCUGGAGCCAUGCAUUAAAAUGCCACCUGCAGGCCCUCUUACUCUUAUCAGAGCUGUUCCCAGUAGCCUUGGACAGUACUUGAAAUGGCCGGCUCUUGUCUUCCCAUGGGAAAACCCAAAAGUGGAGGUGGAGGGAGCCACAGUUCUUUGCAGAUUUUUCCCCUGGGUAUUUGCAUCUUCAUGGAAUAAGGAAAGGGUCUCAGCUGCCAGCCAGGUAGAUCCAUGUGCUUCUUGGGAACACUCUAGGAUGUCCCCAUGGAAAGUCUCUGCUACCCUCUCUGAGAAAAGAUAUUUUCUCAGUACAGCGCCUCCCAUGCAAGAACUGUUUCUCCUGCCUGACUCCCAUUGUACUGCCUAGAGAGACUUGUCCUGUUGCCUUAACUUCCCUCCUUUGCUCUCCCUAGUUGCUUCCCAGUCUCCCUCUGGGGUUGAAGAACUGGACCCUAUGAACCUAGUUUCCUUCUCUCUAUGAAAAGUAGGGGAGAUGCAACCCAAAAGAGUUUCUUCCAUGCAACCCAAAAGAGAGGAAAUUAUGACUUCUCAUAGCGCUGGUGGUGCCUGACUCUUUUGGUUUGGGGGCAUAUUUAUGCCAAGUGGUGCUUGAACAAGAGAUCUGCCCAAAUAUAGCGAGACUUUGACCUGGAAUAGUCCCACUGAAGAUAAUACUGCUACUCCAUGGUCCAGGCUGGGUAAUAAGGGAAGAGGAAUGAAGCUUAGUCAUUAGGAAUAUUUCUGCACAGUGUCUGACAGGUCUCGGUCUUGGCGUUUGUCGCAGACACGUUGAGCAUAUGUAGAAGUCUGACAGUGGGCUUUGAUAGUCUAAAAUAACAUGUUGCAGGAAAUGAGAAGUAAAUCUCUUUAAAGUGAAGGCGAAAAUUAAACUUGCAAAAGAUGACUGGAAAUCAGCCAAAGAAUUUAUGCUAACACUUGAAAAAAAGCCUCAAAUCCCAAACUGGUGUAAAUCGUGCUAGUGCUGGUGAUUGCGCCUGCUGCUGAUGGCUUCUCUUUCUUCUGUGCCAUGAAUAUUUUUGAGGGAAAAAAAGAAUUGUAAUUAGGACAAAAAGCUGAAAGUUGCAAAUUACAUUUGCAAACAAACAAACAAAAAAAAGAAACAGCUGGGAGUGAACAAGAAUUUCAUUUUGAGAAAUCUGUGAUGUUCUGACACUCUCCCUUUUAUUGGUCUUUUCUUCCAUAGUCCAAAGAACUGUUAGGAUUUCUAAACCAAAAUGUUUCUGUCUUUAUUAGUGUGUCUCCAGCUCCUGAAGCUAAGUGAUGACAUUGGAAAUUUCAGCCUUCACUUAGAAAUUCACCCUUGGUUUCUGUGCCUACACAAACAGAGAAACUGUUGAAAAAUAUGUCCUGCAAGAUCAGAAAGAAAAAGAAUCUGGUGCAAAGCAAUGUUUAGUCAACUGCAUGAUUUCUGCAGGAUGCCUAACCUGUGUUUUAUCAAAUGCACAAGACUGAAUUUUCAGUGCAGAGAAAUGUAGGGGAAAGGGCCAGUACAGACACUGUCAGUGUGGGCACGUAUUUUAUUGGGCUGGUGAGUGGAGCGUUGGAUGUUGGGACUCAGAAGUUGUCUUGCCUCUGGCUCAUUCAGUGCCUUGGUCUGUUGCUCUCCUCUCUCUGUGCCUUGCUACCCAUUUCUGUGAUUUGCUAACCUCAAGCCGGAACAGCAGCCUGAAUGUGCUGCCCUGUGCCAGGCUGCACUGCCCUGGCUGCUGGGCACAGAGGACUAGUGGCACAGCUUGGGGGUCUUGGCCUUCUGGCCCAGGGGAUGGCAUCUCUGUAGACCACCCUCUUGUACAA